UGCCAAAGUCACGUGAAUAAUCCCAACGAGUUGGGUACCGAAUGUGACGCGGUCAACAUCGUGCACGGACGCCAGCGACAGUGUGCCCAAGCCAAACGAAACGAAACGAUGGUCGGCCAGCACGAAGACAAGACCAAUAACAUCCGGUCACGCGCCGAGCGUAUCGCAAAACGCUUCAACAAAUGGCUUAGGAAUUUCGUCGAGAAGAGCGGCGACAACGGCGGCGGCAUUGCGAUGGAACCAGAGACCUGUUUCGUUCAGAACCUCAUCAACUACCGCCACAACCAGAUAGAACAAGACAAGGGCGAGAUCCUAGAAGAUAUACUCCGUGCCGAGAUACCAACAGACGGGGCGGCCGCAUGGGGGCUCUGGUACAUUGAGAUGUGUUCUCUGAUGCUUAGAACUGCCCAGGACCGGAGAUACUCGAAGACGGGUGAUCCCAGGAAAGAAAAGGCGGAACGGAAUAAGAUGCAUGCAUGUCGUCUCUUGAAUCAAAUUGUGAAUGGCCUUUGGCCCAUUUUGCAAGAGGAUUGUUUGGUGUUUUACCGUUUUUUUGCCGAGACGAACAUCCGUUUAACGGAGGUCUCGCGACUUGAGGACCGGUCGGAGUUCGUCGGAUUUUUCGUUAACAUUCUCGUUGGUGAAAUAUCAGAGGGCAAGGUAACUUUCUUAACCUCACCAUAUCGGCCCCUGACUGACUUGUCUACCUCCUUAGCUAUCAGGAGGUAUGCCGUGUGAUUGGACUACAUAAGCUUGCGCACCUAGACAUGGACGUGGAGGUCGCUGGGUGUAAGGAUAGACUCCUACGGGGUGGGGUAGGUUUGGCUUUCAGGGUCGCACUGGCGCCGAGGCGCUCGACAGAGCUCAUCGCUACCCCUGGUGGACCUCCACCACCCGCGCCACCCGCGCCGCAG